AUCUUCUUGGAGCUAGUAGUGUAGUGCGCUUUACCACCACAAGGGGGCACUGUCACUAUUCAUAAGGCGGAAGCAGUUUGUCGUCAGCAGGCUGAAUGUUGUUUUGGUCCUCCUCCUCCAAGCGAAAGAUAGGCAGGGGCUCUUCAUCUAUUUGAGUUCUUGCUAUCACUCAUUUCUGUGUCGGCUAAAAAAAUGAAGAAGUUUUUUGAUGACAUCAAGAAAGACAUUAAAUUUAAAUCUGCGGGACCCGGAAAGAAACUAACUGAGGAAUCGAGGUAAUAGAAAUAAAUAAAAAAAACUUUGAUCAGCUGUUACAGUGCUCGCCAUGAAGCUAGCCAUAGCUGUCUUAGGUUUGCAGAAAUGAGUUGGCAUAAACAGAAAUACAUUUAUAUCUCAUGAAUAAUCGCUGAGGUCACGCAUGUCGUGUCGUGAAGCUCCAUGAAGAAAUACUGAUGUAUGUUUCUAUAACAGCAGAUAGCGGGCUACAUGUUUUCUUAGGCUAACAGCGUUAUAUAAUAGCUACAGGGGUCAAUCACUUAAUCCAUGAACAAGAUUAUUGAGUCAGUGCUCUAAGUAACUUAACGAACAUGACUUUAACUCGUGAGAAAGCCGUGGACCUAUUCACAGAGAUAGUCUGCCACACAGGUUUGAAUGGUGUUGUCGUUAAACUACAUCACUUCUGCGAAUGUGUGACUGCUAGGUUUUUCGUUUUUAUGGCUAACAACACUUCUAAUUAUGUCGAGUUUCUGUCUUCAUGAUAUAGUAAGAAGCAAGAAGUGGUUCAGAGCAGCUCCAGUGCCAAGAAUAACCGCCAUGCUCCCAGUGAAGGAGCGCAGAGGGCUGGAGCUGCAGCCCUGGCCCGGAUUGAACAGCAUCCGAGGCCGAAGGUCCACACCUCUCAGGACGCCAUCAGGAAUCAGGGUGAGACCAGAUGACCAGAUGGGAAUGGGGCCCGGAAUCACACUGAGACCCUCCUCCUGUGUUAGGGUCUGCACCGACCCGUUUUUGUUUUAAAUGCUUUAAAGAACCACUUAAAUUUUCUUAUUUGCAUCAAGACUUUUUGACUUUGUUAGGAACCUCUAUUUCACAAAAUAAUUUAAAAAAAAAAAUCAAAUUGACUUCAUUAUAAAACACUCAUCAAAAUUAUGGCACUUGUCAUGUUAGGGUGGCUGUUGACCUGGUUAGAUCAAUAUCUAAUGAAAAAAGCAAAAACUGGAAUCAUAACUGCACUGUCAGGCACCACACUGAUAGUCAGAUCCUCUUCUAAUCAUGUGAGAUUUAGGAAUUUCUCUUUUUUUCCACGUUUUUAUGAAGCCUAACUAGGUAACCUAGAAGUGAGAACCAACUUGGAUAAUAGAGAAUUGUUUUUAGUGUAAUUUACAGCUGAUUUAAGACAUGGGUCAAAACCGACCCUUAUCAAUCAAUCAAUCAGAUUUUAUUUAUAUAGUGCCAGUUCACAACAGUCGUCAUCCCAAGAUGCUUUCCAAAGAAAAAGAGCAGGUCUAGACCACGCUCAUUGUUUGAUGAAUUAUCAAGACCCAACCUAAAUUGGGAUUUGGCCCAUCUCAUCUAACAUGAGUGACAGUGGCAAGAAAAAACUUCCUUUUAACAGGCAGAAACCUUGAGCAGGACCAGACUCAUGCCAGACAGCCAUCAUGCCACUGCUGGGUUGAGGAGGAAUACAGAGAGAUAGGGGGAGAGAGAGAGAGAGAACAAGAAAGAGGGAAGGAGAGAGAAAAUGAGUUAGGGAGAGGGAGGGAGAGAAAGAGGCAGGGGACAGCAGCAACAUUAAAACAACAACAACAACUGUUCAUGUAAUGGUGAAACAAAAUGAAUUCAGUUUACAGGGUUAGGAUAUGAGUAAUUAUGGACAAUGUUGAAUUAAUUUAAUUUGAUUUGAUUACAGUCAACAGGCCUAAUAGAAGUUAACUCUAGUUUUAUGUUAUUAAUGCCCUUAACAUGGUGGGUGUGUAGUAAAUGCUAACACAGGAGGAAGAUUAAGACUCUCUUCACAUUUUGGAUACCUAUUCAUAUUGGAAGGUGCCGAGGACCGGAGUAAAGUUGCUUUUUGCCAAUUGUAUUGCCUUGUCAUAUACAUCUCCUGUUCAUAACGUGAUGGGCCGUGGGACAAUCUAAUGUAAUCUAUUACAACAUCUUUGCCUCAAAUUUUAAUCUAAGAAGCUUCUACAUUUUAAGUUGGUUGGCUGAAAGGUGUUCUUUAUGUUUUGUCCACUUAAAUAACAGACUUGAAGAGGGCAAAAUAUCAGGAGUACCUUUGAAUUAAAGUGCAUCACCCACUAAAACUUCAGCAAUUAAUUCAAAGAACAAUUAACACCUGUAUGGCUGUCUGUCCGUCUGUCUGUCCGUCUGGCCACGCCAACCCAAACUUCAACUGUAGAAGAUUUGUAAAAGGAGAGUUUGAGGUAGAGCUGGUGUAUUGGGAGGCAUCAGCUUGCCCAGGUGUUCAUAAUGUUAUCGCUGGUUAGAAAAACUCCUGUUGUUCCCAGUGGUGCUGGGGUGUGUGAACCCUAAAGUCAGAUCAGGGUUGUUAUUGUUAAAGCUGCUGGGAUGGUCCUGAUCAUAUAAAGUUUUACAGGCAACCUAACGGGAUUGCAUUUCCUUGGUUGCUAUCAGAUACUGGUCACAAUGCAGGGGUUACCAUUCCAUGUACUGAAAUGCAUAAUAAUAUUAUAAUCAAGGUGAUAUAUCAGGGUCUUUAUGUCGUCUUUGUUUAAGCUUGCAGAUUCUUGUUGAUGGUAACUAAGUCCAAAAACAGUUCAAGCACCGAGGAUGGAUUACUGCACUGCUUAAGCUCUUAGGCGUCACAGCACAAGCUCCACUUCUUACAACCUUUGAGCUUUUAAGAAUUGCUUUUCUUUUACAGAAAAAAAUAUCCAAAUAUGUUUAUCUAUAUUUUCUUAAACCCUUAUGUACUGUGUAUCUUUCAGACCGGGUUUUUUCAUUACUUCAGAAUGACUAGCUUGUCCCUUUUCUGCAGACACUAAAUGUAUAAAAACUUAAACAAGCCUGCUCAUCCUGUUUUGGACUUUGGUCGACUACUUUGUAUUGCUGAAAGGUGUUAAAAUGAAUUGUUGUACUGUAGUACAAAACAAGCAGAGGACCUUUAAGUUAUGGUUGUGGUGUGUGUUUUAAGAUCAUUUUAGUGCCAGCAUGUCAGUCAUCUCAGGUACAGUCCUGUUACACUUGGAGAGCUGUGUUUGGUCUUUUAUCUGAGCAUAUCAUUAAUGAAGUGAGAUUCAUUACAUUGUCACACUGAUCUGUUAGAUGAAGCAGUCGUGUUUGUGAGUGAAAGCAUACGACUACAUGCUUUUUUUUUCUGUCGUCUUGUAGUGAAAAGAGAGCUGGAGGCAGAGGCGGCUGCACUAGCAGAAAAAGAUAAGGCAGCUGCAGCAGAGGUACGUCUCACAUCAGUCCUCUCUGUCGUAUCAAAAGACACCAAAGGGUUUUAUGUUGCUCACAAUGAUCAGUAUUUAGUCUGAAUUUACUGGUGUGUGAUUAUUCUUCACAGGGAUCCAAAGUACCAGUCAAGGAUCCUGCCUGCCUCUCAGUGUCAGGUGUGUAUUUCACCUGUCCCCUGACUGGAGCCACACUGACCAAGAGUGAGAGAGAAGCACACAUCAAAGAGGCUAUUUUAAUGGUAUGUCUGAAGAUAUCAGAGCUCAUUGUUAUUUAAACUGAAACUCUCCAUCACUGUAAAACAUCAUGAUUCACUUAUAACAGCACCGAAUGUUAUUGUCGACUAACUGCUGUUGACAAAACAUGAACUCUGUUUGCACUGUCAGCGGUUUGAGGAGGAUGAAGUUGAAGCUUCUGUUAUGAUGAUCCACUCAUUCAACAAAGACAGAGAGAAAGUGAAGGUUGCUGUGGACAUCAUAAGCAAGUAAGACACCAAGCAACUCUAAUUAUACAUAUAUAUACAGAUAUAGUUUCCUUUAUUCUGACGUCAUUUCUAAAUUAUUAUUUAGAUUUUUUUAGGUUUUGCCAUUUCAUGUUUGUCUUCUUUUCUUAACAGGUAUGUUGAUAAUAUAUGUAAGAAUCCCACAGAGGAGAAAUACAGGAAGAUUAAACUCAGCAACAAAGUGUUCCAGGUCUGUUUGACGUCAAGUUUCAUUAUUUUUAUGAUUAAUAUAUAUGGUGUACUCUUGAGUAUACGCUCAGUAAAGGUAUGGUUUUAUUUUUGUUAUUAUUGACGUUUCAUUUAUUGCAGGAGAAAGUUUAUUGUGUGGAGGGCAGUAGAGAGUUCCUGCAGGCCCUUGGCUUCACAAGCCUCAUGCUUCCUAUAGAGGGUCAAGGUAAACUAAUCCUAAACCAGGUCAUUGUCUCCACAGUGUGUCAAAAACAACAACACAUUAUCAGUUAGUCAUUUGUACUGGCCUUUCUUUGAGAUCAGAAGAGGAAGAGGAGUUCCUGGUGCUACUAGAGCAGAGUCCUGACGCCCUCGAGUUGAUGAAGGAGAGGAGGGAUCGUCUCCAGAGAGGGGAGCCCGUCAGAGCUCAGCUGGACAGACAGCCUCAAGCUUUCAAACCCUCUCCCAACGCCCAACGCUUCGAGCUGCCGCCAGAGUUCUACAACCUGUCAGCGGAGGAGCUGAAGAGGGAGCAACAGCAAAGGUAUACAGCUUAUGGAGGAGAUGGUUUGAGGAUAACUUUAAUGGAAUUGAAAGUGGAUAUGCAUUGAAACGACCCUGGCCAAGACACUUAACCCCAAAUUGCCUCCAAGUGGAAGAAGUUAACACAGGCGGGUUUUUAGUGUAUGAAUGUAGUGUGAACAAGAAAUGUAAAAAGAGCUUUAAGAGUCCAGAAGACUAGAGAAAGCACCCUGCCCCGUGGACUAGUCUUGUGUCUCUAUUUUUUCUUGAGUGAACGGUCAUGUCGUUUGUUUGUUUCCAGGAGUGAUUUGGUGGAAAAGAACGCCAUGCUGCGCACUAAGGCCAUGAGAGAGAGAGAGGAGCAGAGGGAGAGAAGAAAAUACAAUUAUACUUUGCUGAGGAUCAGACUACCUGAUGGAAACCUGUUGCAAGGUAUUGACUUUUUUUGUUUUCCUAAUUAAAUCACGCUUUAAAAAAAGGCAUCAAGUGAGUGAAGAAAACAGUGCUAUGAUCCACUGACGCCUUGAUAAAAUCGGAACUAAGUCAAGAUGAUUUUUCACCCCAGGGACUUUUUAUGCAUGGGAUCGGCUACCUGUCCUGUUCCAGUUUGUACGGGAGUCCUUGGUGGACGGCUGGCAGCCCUUUGAGCUCAUUGCUCCUGGGAGUCAGAAACUUCAAGAGUCUGAAGAUGUGGCUCUCGCAGAGUGUAACUUGGUGAGUGAAAACCUUGAGACCUUGCAUGAAACAAGAGUAUCUGUGUUGUCUUAAUUUUAACCAUUCUUUAUCUUUGUAUGUAAACAAAUUCCAUAAAAAGACCAGAAUAAAGUACAACAGUGAUAUAGCAUGCUCCUCCUCAGUGCUUUAUGUGUCAUACAAAACAUAGCGCUAUAAAUGCGAGUGCAAUUUUUGUCAUGAAUUUCAUUGACUCACUAUUAAAGCUAUAAUUCAAAUUUUAAAGGUCUUGUAAGGACUUUUUGCUGGUUAUGAGCAUAGACUGUAUAUAGAAUGUACAGCAUCUGCCUCCUCCAUGGGUGAAGCCACCCCGAGAACAGCACCCUCUGGUGACGGGCUGCAGUAUAGGUCAUAAAUCCCACCUCCUCCAGCAAUCCCUAUGGAGCUGUGGACGAACUUUAUUUAUUUAUUACACAGGACUCAAGUCGUCUUUUUUCUGUACAGCUCAUUUUUUAAAAGUUGUUAGAGGGUUCAUGUUUUCUAUGAUUAACACUUGAUACAGCCUACAGGCGUACGAAGAUUGUGUAAUUAACCCAGGGGAUACACUGUUUGAGCCGAGUGUCAUCACAGCGACUAUCGGCGACUCUCCCACAGAAUGUGUACAACGCUUCUGCGCAAUGUUGGUUUCAGGAAGUGGAGAAAAAAACGCAGAAUUACAGAGAGCUUUUCGGCUUCAAAUCCGUACACUGAUGGAAGGUGGAACAAAGUUGUCCACAGUACAUAUACAGUCUAUGGUUAUGAAACAAACAUAAAUAACAAUGCCCAAUAUGACCUUAAAAAAGUAAAUAAGGUGGAUUGAAGCCAUAUUAAUUUUUUCUAUUUUAUCCUACUUGUAACCUCCUCACCAGAAUAUGAAUCUCAGCCCUCGAUUAAAACAGCCUGCGUUUACAUCUGUGACUUUAUAUAGAAAACUGCUGAGGCAACAGUGAGGUUCAAAAAGUGGCCUGAUGUUUGCAACGACUGGUAAUUGGUAACAGCAGAGGCGGCUAUUGGGAGCAACAUCAAUUUUAAAUCAAUCCUGUUUACACACCUCUGGGCACAAAGCUUGGGACUGAAUCCCUGACCUUUGAAUUUAGAUACGACAGACUCUAGCACUGAGCCACUAACAGUUUUUUGUCUUCAGUGAUGACUUAACUCUAAUAGUAAUGUAAAUAAAUGAAUGUGUGUUCUUAUGACUGUCUGAUGUAUGACUUAGAGUAGUUUAGCCUUAGCCUUAGCCUUAGUUUCCCUGCUCUAACACACCUGAUUCAAAUGAUUAGCUCGUUAUUAAGCCAUUACAGAGCUUGAUAACGAGCUGAUCAUUUGAAUCAGUUGUGUUGGAGCAGGGAAACAUCCAAAACAUGCAGGACAGGGGGCUUCGAGGACUGGACUUGAGAACGACUGUGCUAACUGAACUGCUUGCAUUCAGUGUGUCUUCUUCUGUCGGCCAUUUUUAGUGCUGCUUAUACAAAGUUAAACAAUAUUUUAGCAGCAGCCCUCAUAGACACUCAAGUCAAAGGGGACGGCACAAGUAAUUUCAACUUCAUUUGGUUUAAAUUGAGUCUGUCUGUUUUUUUCUUAGGUCCCUGCAGCUCUGCUCACCUUUGCCUGGGAUGCGGCUGUGCAGGCGGACAUUGCUGCUGCUGGUGGAAAGAGCCCAACUCUCCUCAAACCCGAGCUGCUGGAAAACAUACAGACCCUGAGCUGAGCCUCUGACGCUCUGCUCUUGAACAUCCCUGACCGCCUCCCCCCAGCACUGCUGGGAUGGAUCUGCCCCUUACAGAUGACCAGUGCUAAGUUUAUUUUUUAUGAAUUCUAACUUCAGUCAGUAGCAGUGCGACCUAAUGUGCUUCUCUUGCUGAGCAUACUCUUCUUUCGCCAUGAUGGGAGUAAUAUCACUUUACAGACUGUCUGAGCAGCACAUUAUACUGAAGGGAGCACUACUAACAGAUAGAUGGAAGCAAGGGGGUUGUGUUUUGUUGCAUCCUGAGUGAACGUCCAUGCUGUGCUGUAAAAGAGACGGAGGCAGCGGUACUCUGGGCCCUGCCCAACAGUCACCCGGUCAGGUAUACUCCAUGUGGCAUGUUGAGAGACCUAGUUUUAACUGUGUCAACACUAAUUCCCCUCUUUUGAAGGCUGUUGAAUUAACAGCAAUCAUCUCUGGCUGUACAGGCAUGAAGGAGAAUAUUAAGUGGAGUCAUGAAGCCAAGUAUAUGUGGUCAGAUCUUGUGUUUGGUUUGUUUUGAGUAUUUCAGCUCUUUUAAUGUUUAAAAGCUGCUGGAUUUUCAGAUUAUCGGCUUAAAUCUUGGAAUGCGUUUCGUUUUGUUCGGCAGUACUCGCAUAAAAACAGUGUUUUGUCUGUAAAUUUGAAAGGUUUGGUCUUAGUUUAGUGUGAUCAAAGUUUCGCUUCUGUGUGCCCUGCUCUGCAGCAGCCUUGCACCCCCUGGUGUUAAUGGUUGCUACAAAAUCUAAACUCCUCCAGUGUUUUUCAAAAUUUUCUCGAUAUGAACACAAGCCCAAACUGCACAUUAUGAAUCAUUUUUGGUCUCAAGUUUUCUUACAAUUUAUGCAUAUUUACUAAUAAGAUGUAAAACUAUGGAUCAGCCAUGUGCUGAUGAUGUUGAGGAGAUUGUAAAAUCAAAAUAUGUUCUUUUUUUUUUGACCAGGUUGAGGCACUUUCCAGCAUUAAUUCAAACUUUUUUCAGGCACUGCAGAAGCUUCACGCAUCAACGCGCUCUUGCAUGCAGGCAUGAUUAACUUUUCUGUUGUUCAAACUAGCAGCAUGGACUCAGUAACUGUUUUUAUGGACUUCUUUAUUUUUCUACAAAAUUGAUCUAUAUUUGAAACAUGGAAGGAGUACAUGUAAAGACGGUCUGUAUCUCUGACCAGGCCUGAUGAGAUCCGUUAAGAAUUCAAAGUUGUGAAGUAGACUCAGUGUUAAAAGUCACUCCAGAAGUAGAAAUGUUUUAGAUCCACUUUUGCAUUUAACAUUUCAUAAUCUAUUAAGUCUGCAUUUUGUCCCUGUUCAUGAAUAUAUACCAGGUAAAUCUGUAAAAGCUAUUCAAUGUUUUGUUUACUCACGGUCGGUUAAGAUGACAACUACUACCUCCCAUUGCUCGUCUGCCUGAAUCAUCCCGAGUCAACCAUGUAACUGAAGUCGUCCGUUAAAGUUGGGAGAGCGCUUCUUUUGUGACAGAACCAUAGUCACCUCUUAAUACAGCACUUGUACACUAAAACAGCACAAAUAAUAACUUCUGGUUAAAUUAAUCUGUCGACUCCAGCAUUUUGAAGGCCAAGUCAGCCAUAAGCGACAUUAGCUCACUCCUGUGCUGACUCGUUCAGCAUAUCCACCGGUUUUAUCGGAUUGGAAGGAUGUUCCUGUUUAUUAGCGUCGCAACCUUUUUAACAAGAUUUAGUGAAAUGUUGUGAUCAGUCCUGAUGUUCUGAGUUGUACUGAUUUUAACCUGCCUGUAAUAAACAUUGCUUGCAUUGCAUCUUUUAUUUAAUAAACAGAAUGAUCAGACAAGAAUCACUCUAGUGAAA